UAAACGAAACUUGGUGAUUAGUAAAGUAAAUUGAUUCAAAGCAGUUAUUGACUUCAACCGCAUAAACGUUUCCUUUUCUCCAAGACUUUAACAUCAUUGGUUCAACAAAUUUAAGAUAAUAAACCGAAUUAUAAACCACUUCGUUAGAUCUUUUAUUCAAUAAAUUCUACUCGACUACCGCCACAACAGCAAUUACCUAUGGAAAUAAAAAACAAAACUGCACGCUUUUCUAUUUGAAUACAGUUGAGAGCGAUAUAAAACUAUGUCUCAUACGGCGCGCGCACAUAUCACCAAAUUACACGAAUGUUCCGUUCAUGACCAAUCAUCAAAGCAACGUUCCAAAUCCGCAAAUCCACCAACGACGCACCCUUUCGUAAAUUGCCCUUUGCAACGAACGCGUUGUGUGCCACCAUUUUCAGUGCAAUCACGACAAAAAAAUACCGUCGUUGUGCAUGGGCCGAUAGAGGAACCAGCGGCGCCGGCUAGCGCACGCGGCAAAGUGAAUAUGAAAACUCUAAAAAGUAGCAAAAAGAAAGCAAUUUCUACAUUGGAAUUGGACUUGCGGGGACGUAGUCCACUUGGUAGUGGUGGCCACAAACGCUCUACAACAACAUUUCGUAUGUAUUUCGAUCGAGGAGAUCUGCCAAUUAAGAUGGAAUAUUUGUGUGGAGGGGAUAAAAUUGGUUGGACGGUGGAUAUUGACAAACUCGACUACAGCCUCUACUUGCCUCUCUUCUUCGAUGGUCUCUCGGAGACACAACACCCCUACAAGACGUACGCUCGUCAAGGUGUUUCCGAUUUAUUGGUUGCUGGUGGCGAUAAAAUUCAUCCUGUUGUACCGCAAUUAAUAUUACCACUUAAAAACGCCCUUAGUACACGUAAUUUAGAGGUUAUGUGCACCACUUUAAGGAUAAUACAGCAGCUUGUAAUGUCGUCCGAUAUGGUGGGGCCUGCCUUGGUGCCAUUUUAUCGACAGCUACUGCCAAUGUUCAAUGCUUACAAAGUGAAAAAUGUUAACUGUGGGGAUGAAAUUGACUAUGGCCAGCGCACCAAUAUGAAUCUCGGCGAUCUCAUCGAUGAGACUUUGCAAGUACUGGAAUUGCAUGGCGGCGAAGAUGCUUUUAUAAAUAUCAAAUAUAUGGUGCCUACUUAUGAGUCGUGUUAUUUGAAUUAAAGUGUAUAUAAAGUGAUUUGCUGCUUCCUAUUUCAUUCAAUUUGUCCUUUAUAUUUAGUAUAUUUUAUUUAUAGUAUUUACUAUAAAAUUUAUUUAUUACUUACACGUGCAAUAAUAAACAGAUUUUUAAUG